AAAUGAUGAAAGGCUGAGAGAAGGUGGAUGUCAUGGCGUCGUACUCAUACAAUUUUACUUCUUACCUCGUAAUCUCAGUGGAAUAAAAGUUGGCAGAGGACAUUGACAUUUGACCCAACUGUCACUAACUUUAAUUAAUGCUACUCACUACUACCCAACAGAAAUUGUGUCUGCUCGCAACAUUCAAACAAUUUCUUUAUUUGUUAGAUCGAGCAAUACGUUUUCUGAUGUCGAUUUGAGUCGGAUAAGCAGCUGACUAAUGAAACACUGAUCGGGCCCCUUGUCUUCUCACUUAUCUAAUAAAAACAAUUAUCAGAUUUCUUGGAAAGUUUGUUUAAUGGCACAAACUCUGUCUCAAGAAGCUCUGGGGUGGGCUGCUAGAGACACUUCUGCUGUUUUCUCACCUUUCCACUUCUCUCGGAGAGCAACAGGAGCUGAAGAUGUGAGUAUCAAGAUCCUUUUCUGUGGCAUCUGUCAUACAGAUCUCCAUAACGCCAAGAACGACUUUGGGCAGACUACCUAUCCAGUUGUUCCCGGGCAUGAGAUCGCUGGUAUAGUAAGUGAAGUGGGAAGCAAGAUUGAAAAUUUGUUCAAAAAAGGUGAUCGAGUGGGUGUGGGAUGCAUGGUUGGAUCUUGCAAUGCCCCAACCUGCGAGCCCUGCAACCAAGGCUCAGAAAACUAUUGCCCAAAUAUCAUCCUCACUUACAAUGGCGUUUACCAUGAUGGAACUCCUACUUUUGGAGGCUACUCCAACAUAAUUGUUGUCAAUUACAGAUUUGUGGUGCGUUUUCCAGAGAAUCUGGCAAUGGAUGCGGGGGCUCCUCUUCUGUGUGCAGGAAUAACAAUAUACAGUCCCAUGAAAUACUACGGGAUGACAGAGGCAGCACAGGGGAAGCAUUUGGGAGUUGUGGGAUUGGGUGGCGUAGGACACGUGGCGGUUAAGUUUGGCAAAGCGCUUGGCAUGAAGGUGACUGUUAUCAGCACUUCUUCCCACAAAGAACGAGAGGCCAAGGAAUUGCUUGGGGCGGAUGACUUCCUUGUUAGUAAGGAUCACCGGCAAAUGCAGGAAGCAGCAAAAAGUCUAGACUACAUCAUAGAUACAGCCUCUGCUGAACAUCCAAUAGAUCCUCUUUUGAAUCUGCUCAAGCUUAAUGGAAAGCUGGUCUUUGUGGGUGCUCCUAUUAAGCCCUUGCAGCUCCCCAUAUUACCUUUACUAUUUGGAAGAAAAAUGAUUGGUGGGAGUUUGAUAGGAGGAAUGAAAGAAACACAGGAAAUGCUGGAUUUCUGUGGUGAGCACAAUAUUACUUGUGAGAUUGAGAAAAUUUCAAUUGACUAUUUGAAUACUGCCAUGAAAAGACUCCAGAGUUCUGAUGUCAAGUACCGUUUUGUUAUUGACAUUGCUGGCACUCUCAAAUGAUUGAGCCUUCAUGUAAAAAGUAAAGGAUUUUUAAGCAUAUUAUGUUUUGGGAUUGAAAUCUAUAUAUUAUUUAGGAUUCAAAGUUUCUUUUAAGUAUAAAAUAUAUAUUGACAGAUGUUCUUAUGUGACAUAUGUUUAUAGAUUCUAAAUAGAGAGUAUAGUUUCAUUA